AUGAAAACCUUUGCCCUACUACACAAGUUGCAGGUGCACAAAUCAGCGCUACAGGAGGAUGAACGCGAAGGCGUCGUCUGUUUCUUUUCCCUAUGUGUCAGCAAUGGCUUUGUUUACGUCGGUUCAUCCAACGGGAGGAUCUUCCUUUUUAAGAGGAAAGGGCCGUGCUUAUUCGAACCCGUCCUCUUUUACAGCGUCAUUAGGAGCCAAACGUCUGGAAUAGUAACAAAGAUAUUUGCCGUGGACCGCCUUCACCUCCUAAUUCACGGAACGGAUAAGGGGGGCAUUUACAUCCUGGAAAGUAAGAAGCUAGCCAGGAGAAAAUGUUUUUUAAGCACAGAGAGGGAGAAAAAGAAAAGGGUGCGCAGGUUGGUGAGUCCUUUCCAUAAAGGGGCCAUAACAAGCAUAAAUUGUGUAGUGGAGGAGGAUCUGAGGUGCAGGCGGGGAAGGAGCUUCUCGGGAGGAAGGAGAUGCUCCAGAGGAAGUAGCGGCGGAAGUUGCGAGGGAGAAACCUUGUACGUCUUCGUGGGAGACCAGCAGGGCAUUCUGUCCUGCAUCGUUUUAAAGAAAAAAGGGUCGAGGGUAAGAAGCGAGGCGAAUAUUCUCCUCAUCGAUAAGACAAACGGGCCAAUCGGCCACGUAGAAAUUGAGCGAGACAUAAUUUUGGUCACCUGCGAAAGGGUUAACGUCAUUAUGAAUGUAGAAGAUGUGAUUGACAGGAAGGUUAACUUUUGCACCAUUGGGAAAAAAGAAAACAGGAGUUAUUAUCGGUCUGUAUUUUGCAACUCCAAGGGGAGGAAGGGGGGCUGCCCGUUUAUUUUGAGUUUGAGGAAAAAUGGGCGUGUGUGGCUAAGCCAUGGGGAAAGGGUGAUAAACACGCUGGUUUUUUACUACUCAUCUGUUUAUUUUUUUUACUUGUUUUUUAAGGCGGGGGUUACCGCCGAAGUUAGCAUCGAAGUCAGCGACGUGGAUAGCGACUUGGUGAGUGAUGGCAUCCGCCGUGGAGAUCGUCCAGACGGUGGUGGAACCCCCCUCCCAUUCCACUUGUACGUAAAGCAGCUCAUUAAAAACGUCCACUUCACAACUCUGUUAAAGAAAAUUUUAACAAAAUUUAAAAAUUUCCUCCUGCCGCUAAGACCGAAUGCAAAUGUAUGUUACAAGAUAGACAAGGAUCACUUCCUCCUCUUUGAGUUGGCGAACCCGUUCCGGUCCUUCCCGAGUGGCUCCCCAGAUGCCUGCGCCGGUAAGCUGCCAAGAAAUGACGACGAGGAGGAAAAUCUCGCCCACUUGAGAAAAGAUAUAGACUUGAUAAGAAGUUUCAUCGAAAAGGAGAUGCAAAAAGGGAUGGAAAAUGGAAGGGAAGACGGAAAGGAAGACAAAGAGGAAGACGAAGCCAGUGGGGAGAAAACAAAAUGCCUAUCAUUCCUAAUGCACCAUUUGGACGAUGCGGAAAAUAUUUUGCGGAGAAUUAAAAGCAAGAAAAUAAUGGUGAUUAAUAUUAGAAGCAUCGAAAUAGAGGAGAUGGUGGACCUCCAUGUGGGUUCCCUGCCCUGGGGAUGCAACGAGAGGGGAGAGCAAGAGCGACCAGGGGAAACCCAUUGCACAAGUAACAAGAGUAACAAUAAGUUGGGCAAACAAGAAGGGGAAGGAACACAGGGGAAGAUUCCCUGUGGAGAAGAAAAUCUAAGGUUGUCCCCAGAAUGCGUUUCCCCGAAAGGAAGAGACCAUAUGGAUAGCCCACCCCCAAAUGAAUCCCAAAAAGGGAACAAAAUAGAAAAUAAAACACAUCGAAGAAUAGAUGAUCCUUUUUGGAAAUAUUUCCCCCCAAAUCAGAUAAUCGACUCGGUGAAGUGGAAAAAGAAAAUCUUCUUAUUAUACUUUAAUCCGAACAUGAGACACGAUUUUUACGUUGCGCAAAACAUAAGUGAUGUUUUUAUAUCACCAUACAAUGUGACACCAGGUGGGGGAGUCCACCAGAUAGGGGGAGACACAUGUGAGGGUAAAGCACAAGAGGGGACAACACAUUUCUACCUGUGCGAAGUGCACAUUGAGGACAACUUCGAAUUGGCAAAAUACCUCCCACACGAAAUAGAAAAAGUGACCCACUUGGAGGGGUACUCAUUCCACAUGCUGCUCUUCCAUGUGAGUCAUUUUUUCGAUUACCUGAACGGAAGGAGGGAUUCCCUAGAUCCAAAUUUUCUUUUCCACGUGGAGAAGGACCUCCUACCUGUGGAAGAAGCUCACUGUCUGGACGACCAAAUAAGUCAGGUACUAUUAAAAAAUAUAGAAGCUGUAAAAAAGAAUAUAAAGAAUUCACUUUGCGUAACCCAGAGGGUAGAAGCAACUGGGUCGGAUUUUAUCACUGAUAAUAAUUUUCUACAAGGGGUGGACUUGUUCCGCAGUGUUUAUGCUCCUGUUAACCCCGCCUAUUUGCAUGUCAAUGUGAAGAAGGCAAAAAAAUUGUACAGCCGUAUGAGGAGCGCCGUGGUGAAGUAUAUGCCCCUUUUCUGCCAGGUUGUUACGUGUGAGGUAUUUCCAGACACGCCUUUGAAGGGCCAUCUCCCGUGUGUAAACAACUUCGACCUCGCCACGUGUGUAACACUCAUUCGAAGUACCCCCCAUUUGCUGUUUCAAUUUUUGCACUAUUUCCACAUCUUUGUCUACCUCGAAGUUGUCAUUACGAGUUGUAUAUACAGGGAGAAUUACUGCUUCAGAAAAUUUCCCCUGUACGUUCCGGAGAGGAGGCUGGGGGGCGGGGAAAAUCCGCUUACCCCUCCUUCACAUAUUGAUCGAGAAGUGGAAAUCGCGCAGACAGGAACAGUCAAUCGGUUAAGAAGUUACGCAGCGGUGCAAUUAAAAGGUGCCGAUAAUGAUUUGAAGAUGCUCUCUCCCCAGUUUGGGAGAAUAACGUCCGUUACAAGCGUCGUUAGGCCAAAUGGAGGAGACCGAAGUGGAAGAAUAGGAUACGAUGCCUUUGUUGACGCGGGUGGCGGCUGCUGGAAGAAGAGAAACCAUCUCUUCAGAGCAAGGGGAGAAACAUACAAAGAAGGCCCCUCAUCUGAUGGAGGAAACACCUUUGACCUCUUUGACAAUCUCCGUUUUGUGGUGAAAGGGUUGUCCAAAAAAGGGGGUGCAAUGAGGGAGACACUUUCCGAUGGAGUCCCCCUUCCAAGGCACGCAACCCACCUCUCUAAGAAGGAACUUUUCUUCCAAUGUAACAGGAGGAUAAAUCGCCAGGGGACUCUCCGAAACGUGCUUCCAUUGCUGCACACGUUGUACCUGUACCGAAGGUGGAAAAGGAGCAUCGUGGCGAAAGUUGGUGAGCGGUUUGAGUGGCCAAGGCGGCCCUGCAGGAAAGAAAUGGGCGAGAAAGUGAGAAGAAGGGGCCCCCCCCAAAUGAAUCGCCUUACACGAUUGUUCCAAGCAGUAGGGCGAACACAGCGGUCUCCACAUGCACACCACGAAUAUGUGGAGCAAAAGCAGCUCCGGAACAAUGGGAAAAAUUCCUGCACCCAAUUUGAAGAGCGAAAAGGAAGGUCUCCCCAAAUUCGAGGUGAUGUCCGUGAUGAAGGGAUCCAACGCCAGCAGAUCGAAUUGCGUAAAAUACUUACCCUCAGGAAGCUUCUAAAAACGUACAUGGAAAAUGCAAGUUGCAAGAAAGGCAUUCUAAAGGACCAAAUGACAAUACAAGACUUUUUGAAAUGCACAGAGAGGUUAUAUUUUUAUCGAAAGGUCACUGAAGGGGUGUACAUAAUAAACCUCAAUGAGUAUCGCCAGAUUUAUGAGUGUCUCUUCCUAUAUGAAUUAUUUGUCAAAUUAUUUGACACAGAAAUUGUUCUGUUCCGCUUGCACCCUAAUUGUAAGGUCAAGAUGGAAGUGAGGAGUAAGGACGAUCGUGGGAGGGGUAUCCUUUGGAGAACGUCCUUACGUGAGGGGGAUCAGCAAGAGGAGGAGAAUCACCAGAAGGAAGAGAAACACCAACAUGGCAUGGUUAACAUCGUGGGAAAUAAACAAAUGCAAUUUUUCCAAAAAUGGAAUGAACACAUCAUACGGAAUGACAUCCUGCUGAUGGAUAUUCUCUUCGGGUUUUACUACAACUCGGAGGGCAGCUCAGACGCAAAUUUGAAGUCGUUCGUGAGGAAGUUCUCCAAUUUUGGUUACCUAGCUGAGUAUGUCAGUUAUGUGAGGGGGGAAGGAGCCAAGGGGGGAGAAGCAAAGGGGGGUGAAGCCAAGGGGAAAGAAGCCAAGGGGGCGAUGAAAGGAGUGGGCGGCCACGUUCCAAAUGGGACUUCCUUCUUGUUCAGCUUCGAUGAAGCGGCGAGGAAGAGGAGCGAAGUCGACAUGUACGCCAAGUGUGCUGUGGACAACCCCCACGGGGGGGGCCUCUCCCGGGCUUACAUCGUUGAGAAGCGGUUAGACGGGUCACGAACCCAACGAAGCGGAUCCACCCAAGAGGUAGCAUCCCCCCCACAUGGCAAGCCAUCUUGUGAACAGAAUUGUUUCCAUCUGCCAGAUAACGUCGAGGCAAAAAGAGGAGGGAGAAACCAUCUGAAGAAAGCGAAAAGGGAGGAAUACCGUCUCCAUGUGGAGACCUUCCUGAGGGCAUACACCCAUCUAGAGAAGAAGCACCGAUGUACAAGACGUCAGCGGGGUGUGAACGUAUUCCUUUUUUUUAAAAAUAUUGAUGUGUACAAUUUCGUGAGAGUCGUUUAUCUGUUGUGCAGGGAGAGAUACCACCAUGAGCUCCCUUUAUGCGCAGGGAGGGAGGGAAGACAUCCAAAUGGGGAUCCAUUAAGAAAGAAGAAACCUAUUUGGAACUCGCGCGAGGUGUCUGCGCAUAUUGGCCACAUUGUCCACAGGCAUGAAGAAUCAAGUGGGUUAAAAAAGGUGAGCAGUGCCUUUCGCGCGUUUGUGAAAGAUUUGAUGGUGGGAGAAGGGACAGAUGAGCCACACCUAGAGAUACUUAACCAACGCAGCGUCGAAUUGUGUCUGCAGUAUGUACGCCAUCUUAUAAAAGGGCAAACGACUUGCAGACAUUCGCCAGGAAGGAAGAAGAAAAUGUCCCUUCUGGUGUGUAAGCUGGCGCACCUGCUCCGCAUGCUGAAUUGGAGAAGGGCGUUAUCUUCCCUUUUAGAUUUAUACAGGAGUCUCUCUUGCGAAGUUUUUUUUUUCACUCUCCUUUGGGAAAGGCAUUGUACUGAAUUGGGAGGAAGGGCUGCCCAUCUCCUCCACAGGGACUUUUCUACAGUGCUAAAGAAGAAUCGAAGUUACGAAGACGUUGUUAUGCAUAUGCUGCUGCACAUCGGAAGAAACAGUGGGUAUUAUUUCAGCAUUAUGAUCAUGACAAUUCUGAAGUAUUUUUUUGAGGAUUAUUUUUUUUUAAAAAAUGUAUGUAUAAGUUUGGAGGACGUUAUAACAAGAAGGUAUUCUUCAUUAUUUUUGUGUUUCUUCAAAAAUGGAAUGUUCAAGAGGGAAUGCAUCUUUUCUCCAAAUUUGUUCCAGUCGUUUCACACAAGUGACAGUUUUUUUUUUUCUGGCCAUUCCUUUGUUAAGUACGUUUUUAAACGUUGCUAUACAUAUAUGAAUUUUCAGAGCGGCAAUUUUUUAACUGUGUUAAAUAAUUUGCUAUAUGACCAUCUUUUGAAAUUGUUUCAUUUUUUUCAAGUAAACUGUUCGUCUUCUUUGCAUGUGCAUUUCUGUUUUUUUCUGUUAAUAUCUUAUUUCUAUGUUGGAUAUUAUGCGCCUGUGUACCCUCUUUUGCGCUUCUUUUGGGAUACAUUUUGUGCCCUUUUGCCGAAAUUGCAAAUUUUAAAUUGCAAGGAAGGGGAGUCACAGAGUUGUGUGUUAAGGGAGGGACGAGAAGAAAAAGAAGAAGAAGAAGAGGAAGAAGAAGAACAAAAACAACAAGAAGAAGAGGCCCCUCCGACGGGCCAUAAAAAGGAUACCAAAUUUUCCACUCAAAGGAAGCGCCAGAAGGAUGUCAUCCCCUCGGAGGAAAGUCUACUGCAUAGCAUUGAUUACCUCGCCAAUUUCUUUUUCGAGAUGUUAAUUAAAUUCCUGUGGGAAGUAAAUCACAAGGUUUGCAGCAAGGACGUCGAUCUGGUUAUUCAUAACAUCCGUAAGAACGAAGAAGUGUACUUAAAAGCAUCCGAAUUUGUGAACAACUUUUAUGGGUCAUGCGCCCUCGUGUGCAGCAGGUGUGGUGAAAACGGGCUAGGCGAAACCUUUCACAAGCAGGGCUCAGUUACAUGCAGAAGAAAAAAUAUCAGCGUACAGAUUUAUGACCGACGCGGUAGGGCUCAUACCCUUGUGGAAAUGCUUAACUCCUUUUUUGGGGUGCUCUGUUGUUUGCAGACGAUCAAACUUAGCCUUAAGAAGCGGCGCGCCGUUUUUCUUCGUACCAAUAGGCACUACAGGAAAUAUCUUCUGGGCAUAAUUUGCGGGCUGUUUGGGGGAAGGGCGGAGGGGAGCGGUGCAGGAGGCAGCGAAGAACGCGGCGAAGGAUGUCGUUGCAGCCCGCCAAGUGGACCGAGCACAAAUGGCACCUCCCGCGAGCGUCCCCAUUUCCAACUGGAUCGCUUGGCACAGAGGGAACGCUCCCUAAGUGUCCUCACCUGCGCGCUCUGCAUCGCCCACUUCGUCAGUCACUUCAAACACAUCAAAGGAGAGCUCAUCAGGAAAUUCAUCUUCAUGCUUGACUACUUUUUGGCGAACCACGACUCCCCGAACUUUGAGCAACAACACUGGGGAUACACACCCCAGAAGAAUAUACACCAAAUUUACAAAACGAUCAUAACAAACUUGCCCACAAGGGUGUUACCGGUUAAGUGA